GGAGGAAGACGUCUCAGUGUGCAUGUUUCACACAAUAAAACCUGCAGCAGUAAAGCUUCUCAAGGAGCCUGCUCUGUUUGUUUCCACCUCAGCAGCAGAAAGAUCAUGAGCGCUCACGAGCACAACAAGUCACUGGACUUCCUGAACGGCACCCCGUGGUUUAUCUACGAGUGCACCCUCGAGCUCGACACCAGCUACAGACGGAUCAGCCUCUUCCUGCUCUACCUGUUCAUCUUUGUAGUGGGCCUGCUGGAAAACCUGCUGGUGGUCUGGGUCAACUGGCGCAGGCGCCACUCAGCCAAUGGGGUGCUCUUCUGCAUCAUUAACAUGAGCCUGUCAGACCUGAUGGUCAUUGUGAUCCUGCCCUUUUUCAUGAUGGAGGUGACCAUAGACCGGGUCUGGCUGUGGGGGCGCUUUCUCUGUAAGGUCACCAGCCUCAUCUACGUGGUCAACUUCUACAGCAGUUCUUUCUUCUUGGCCUUUAUGACCUUGGAGCGCUACCUGUCCCUGACCAGACCGUCAGCCCCCACCCUCUUCCCUGUAGUGGGCCGGCGCCGCUGGGUGCUCUGCGGAGCCGUGUGGUUGUUCUCCCUGUUUCUGGCCCUGCUAGAGAAUGUCCAUGUGGAUCUCCUGGAGUGGGACGAGCCAGGCUGCUACAUGCUGCCUGAGUACAGCUACACUCAGUGGUUUGUGUCUGUGGCCUUCCUCUGCAUGAUCUUCCAGUUUCUUGGCCCGGCUGUGCUCAUCAUCACCUGCAACGUGCUCAUUGCCCGAGCAGUUAAAACAGCACCGGAUGUGGAGAGCCGGCGGGACGUGUGGCUGGUGCACGUGUACUCCUUGGUGUUCGUCGUGUGCUGGCUCCCCUACCACCUGAUCAUGUUGCUGAUGAUCAUAGAUGACCUUGACCACUUACUCUUCAGCUGCAACACUGUGGAAGUCCUCUACUUCUCUUACCCCAUGGUGCAGGGCCUCUCCCUUGUCCACUGCAUCGCCAACCCGCUUCUCUACAACUUCCUCAGCAAGAGCUUUCGGAACAACCUACUCAACACCAUGAUAAACUCCAUACCCAGAGAGAGUGCCGCAGAGCAGGUGGAAGUUGGGCCUAAGGCCAACACUCCUAAUGGAGGGGACCCAGGGAAACAACGCAAGUUAAGUAACGCGAGCACCAGCCAGUCCGAUGUUGGAUCGUAAAAAGCUUUGAACAGCAUCAUGACCGAGACUUUUCCUUUUAUUUAGUUUAGUUUGAAUACUUUGUUUCAAAACUGCAAAUAAAACAAUAAAACACAGUAUAAUUUUAAAAAAUAGUAAAAAGAAACUAGUUUUAUAUAUAAAGGCUGAACGUACUGAUUAACAAAGUAAAAAAAAAAAAAACAGAAAAAUUGGGGAGGCUAAAGCCGCAACUUAUAAAUGCCCACCCCGCUUACCGGUAAGUCUUAUUUCACAUAAACAAAAUAAA